AUGUCCGGCCGGAAGCUCGGAGGUGGCCGAGUCCUAGGCACUGGCCGUGGUCUCGCCCCUCCGCAGCCUACGUCUUCCCAGCUCUCUCCUCGCCCGUCUAGUCCCUUUGCUCCCUCAGAGGCAAGCUCAGGGUCCCAGAAUCUGAGCGGCAUAUCCCCGCCGACACCCCCCAGCCCGCUCCCCGGCGGCUUCGUCCAGGAUCUCAGCUCCAAUGUCAGCCUCGGGGCGCCGUCGGACCCCGGCGCCUCGGGAACAAGACUCGUCUGUCCCAUUUGCGAAGAAGAGAUGUUGACACUGCUUCAAUUGAAUAGACACAUCGACGAUGCCCACCAGGAGCUUCCCGAAUUGCAGCAGGACGAAGUCAAGACAUGGUUCGACAAGCAAGUCCUCAAAGCGAAGCGCUUCCAACCUCUUUCCGUAAUCAACCAGAAACUACGAGGCCUCGAAGUCUUCGAAUCCAACGAGACACCCCCACCCCCCACUACACAGGCCGGCAGCUCGAGGCCCGUCGAUACGGUCAUAGAUCCAGACGACCUCAUCACCCGAAAGCACUGGCAAAGAGCGACGGGCAGCGACUAUUGCACCGAUCCCACCUGCGGCAAGGGUCUGGGCCCCAUCAACGGCAGCAUCAACUGCAGAAAAUGCGGCCGCCUCUUCUGCGAGGUGCAUACGAUGUACCAGAUGAGGUUAUCGCGGUCUGCUAGCCACGAUCCCACGAGGGGAUACUGGUACCGCGUGUGCGAGACAUGCUACAAAUCGAGAGAUGGGUACAAUGAUCACAACGGCCUACUACAGGACCGGACGUCUGCUUUUGUAGAGACGAGGAGGAAGAAGGUCGAGCGGCAGAACUUAGAGAUUGCUAGGUUGGAGAAGAGAUUGACCAAACUGACACAACUACUCGUCAGUCCGCCAGAGGAAGUCAUCGUCAAUAGCGGAGGGCUUUCGACCACCGUUGGGUCCCUGACUGGGCAGAAGACGCAGCGCAAGGCGAUUGAACAAUCAGUAGUGACCUGGGAGGACGAUGCAUCAGUCCCAAAGUGUCCAUUCUGCCAGCAGGAAUUUGGGUCAUGGACGUUCAGGAGGCAUCACUGCCGGAUAUGCGGACGGGUGGUCUGCGCCGACCCAAACACGGCCUGUUCAACCGAAAUCGGGUUAAACGUAGCCAGUCCGAACCACCCCGUCCCCUCCGAGAAGCCACCCUCCACGGCCGACGGCGCAGUCAGCCUUGACAUCCGCAUGUGCCGCGACUGCAAACACACCAUCUUCGCCAAGCGUGACUUUGAAGACGCCCUCGCCCACAAGCCUGCCGACCAGCGCGCAUACGAGACACUGCGGCAGUUUGAGCGUGGCAUAAAGCAGCUCAUGCCCUCCUUCCAGCGCGCCUUGCAGGUGUUGCAACAACCAGCCGGUUCGGAGGGUCACCCCAUCAGCCAGCAACAGCUCGGCGUCCUGCAGGCGGUGGUCGCUGUGGCGCCCAUGGCUACGCACGCCCAGAUCCAGGAGGCCGCCAAGAUCCGCAAGCGGCUCAUGGACAGCUUUGCCAAGUACAGCGCAGCCGCGCGGCGUAUCCGCGACCUACCGACGGACAACCCGGCGCAGGCCCGCCUGCAAAAGGCCGUGUACGCCGCCGCGUCAACGUUCCUACACGCCAAUAUGGUGCCCCUAAAGCACGUGCCGCGCAUGUUACGCUCGUCCUCGUCCUCGUCAUCACAACCGGGCGGGCAGCACCGGAGGCUGCUCUCGGGCCUAAACGAAGGUGGCAGGGCGGGCCACCUGUCGCCCCUGCGCAAUGGGGAGCUCGCGUCCGAGGUCGGCGGCGACGGCGACAGUGUGGCGGGCAGCGAGGUGAGCACCGUCGCGUCGGCGCUCGAGACGGAGGAGCGUGAGCUGCGCGAGCGGCUGGCCGUGCUCGAGGAGCAGCGGUUCCUGGUGCAGGGCAUGGUGGACGGCGCCCGAGGCGCGCGACGGUUCGAAGAGGUCGGCGCGCUGACGAGAAACGUUGAGGAGCUGGACAAGGAGAUUGCCGAGCUCAGGAGGAGGGUCGGCGGCGUGGAGGAGCGAUGGGAGGGAUUUUAUGCUGCUGCUGGGCAGCAGUAA